AUCAGCCCAAUUCAGCCAAAUAAAGCCCAUCUGAGGAGGUAAACUAAGCCCAUUCAUCUUUCUAUCCACAUCAAAGCUCACAUCCUUAAACCCAUUUCCUAAACCUCUCUCAUCUUCUUCCCAGGGUUCUCCAAAACCACCAGAGGUAGAAAAAAUCGGAUUUUUAGCGCCAAGAUGCAAACUUUAUCCAUGAUUGCUCCCUCUUCGUCGCCGUCUAUGGCGACUGUGAGAGCUUCGUGGGACACCCAGCAGCGCCUCAGUUACAAUCCCAAUGCGCCGAAGAAUCCCAACAAGAAGAAUCUUGCAGAAACAAAAACCGGCAGUUUGAGUACCACCUCUACUGCAACGACGGGUACUGCCAGACCUUCGUCGCCCACGCUUAAUUUGACUCCCCAGUCCGUUGCAGCACUUCUCCGGCGCAACAUUAAAGGAAAAGAGGUGGUUGAAGAAAUCAAUGAAUCGUCAUACUUGGGAUAUGAUGUUUGGCUUCCGAGACCACCAAAAGUUGAGAAGCCUCGAUCCACUUUUAAUGCAGCAACUUUGGCAUACAUCGGCGAUGGUAUAUAUGAGCUCUACGCUCGCAGACACUUUUUAUUCCCUCCUCUGAACAUCGAGGAAUACAACGAGCGUGUGAUGGCAGUAGUACGCUGUGAGGCACAGGACGCCUUACUUCAGAAACUCGUGGAAGAAAAUUUCCUAUCUGCGGAAGAAAGAGGCAUUCUUCGAUGGGGCAAGAAUGUCGGUUCAGCUAAAACACGGACAAGGAGGCGUGCUGGGUCAGCAGUUUAUAACCGAGCUUCUUCAUUGGAAACCCUGGUUGGUUAUCUUUACCUCACAAAUUCAAAUCGUCUUGAAGAAGUCAUGCAGAAGUUGGGAUUCUCAGCUGGUUCUUCUGCUGAUAUGAUUUUGAAGGAAGCCAAUUGUGAGGAAGCUGAUCAAAAUGCAUCAACAUCGGUGAUGGCCUAGAAAAACUAAAAGCGUAUGAAGAGAAAAAAACCAUCAAGAUGGUCAUCUCCAGGCAAGAAGUUCUGCAGAUUGUGAGCACAUAUAUAGCUUCUAGGUAAGCCAGUGUAAAUCAUCUGCAUUGUACUGUGAAAAAAUGGUGUAAUCUGAAAUUGCUCUCCUCCCUCAAACCUAAUUCAAUGAGCAGAUAGGGAAAAUCCAGCAAAUUCCAACCAAGUUUUGUCCCUUAUCAGGAUUGGCAGUUUGUUGAUAACUGCCUUACCCAUGUUGAAGCAUGUGUUUGAGGAGAGGAUAAGAAAGAAAGUGGUCACUAUGAUAAUCCAACAAAAAUUAAAUUUCCCUGGUAGGCAGAAUUUAGAAGGUGGUGGGUUGUUUGUGAUAACCAGAAGAAAAAGGUGAUGAGGCAAAUUGAGAUCCACACUCCAUCCACAGGGAGACAUCCUUAACAGAAUGUUGAGUGAUCCAGAAAAGCAGAACAGAUAAGGCUGUUUAUCAAAGACUCUUCUAUUGGAUCAUGUAGGUCCAAACAUCAAUGACUUGUUCCUUUUCUCUUUUGGAUGUGGUUUGGCUUUACCCUACUUGAUGCUCCUUAUGAAAUCCUGCUGAACGCAGAAGUGACAUAAAUAUGUUGGGU